UCUAGAUGCAAACAAAGGAGGAUGCAGAACUGCGCGCGGGAGCCACCUCCCCUUAAAAUGCCUCUCUUCUGUUUAAUGAUGCUGAAACAACAUACAACCAUGUAACGCUUGUCUAUUAUUACACGGAUAAAUGAAGUGGCUUAGGAUCUGAUGGAGCAAGCGGGAGGAGAGAGAGUAUGUACUGGGUACCUGGAUUCGCCUCCUCCCGGUCGCUCGUGAUUGAUCUCGGCCGGAAUCAGAGCCUGUCCUUCGGGUUGUGCGGCUCUGAUGAAUGCCACUCAUUUUAUGGGUACAUAGUAGCCGUUCCGCUGCAGGACCUUGGUGGUAUCAUGUCUGGAUUGGUGUCGGAUUCUUGGUGGAGGAAGACCCUUUACAUCACCGGAGGUGCGCUGCUGGCCGCGGCGGCUUAUUUGCUGCACGAGCUACUCUCCAUCAGGAAAGAGCAAGAGUUGGACUCUAAGGACGCCAUCAUCCUCCAUCAGUUCUCGAGGCCAAAGAACGGGGUGCCAAGCCUCUCACCUUUCUGCCUGAAAAUGGAAACCUAUCUGCGAAUGGUUGAUCUGCCCUAUCAAAACUACUUUGAUGGAAGCCUCUCUGCUCAGGGGAAGAUGCCUUGGAUUGAGUAUAACUAUGAACAGGUGUGCGGAACUGAAUUUAUUUUUGACUUCCUGGAGGAAAAACUGGGUGCGAGUUUGAACAAGAGUCUGAGCGCUCAGGAGCAGGCAGUAGCGCGGGUUAUCACCACGAUGGUGGAGGAACAUUUGUACUGGACUAUUGCAUAUUGUCAGUGGGUGGAUAAUGUUCAUGAGACGCAGAGUAUGCUGGACCUUCCUGGACCCCUCAGUGACCUGUUAAAAUGGAUUAUGUGCAAUCUGACAAGUGGAAUUGUAAAGAGGGAGAUGUAUUGUCACGGGAUUGGCUGCUUUACUAAAGAGGAGGUCUACACGCUCAUGGAGAAGGACAUGCGCACACUUGCCACGCUGCUUGGGGAUAAGAAGUACAUCAUGGGUUCCAAGCUGUCCAGUGUGGAUGCUACAGUUUUUAGUCACCUUGCACAAGCCAUGUGGACGCUGCCUGGCACACGGCCCGAGCAGCUUAUUAAAGGAGAACUGAUUAAUUUGGCCAUGUACUGUGAGCGCAUACGGAGGAAGUUCUGGCCCGAAUGGUUUGUGGACUUAGAAGACUUCUGUUAUGACAGCGACAAUGACACCACCAGCGGGACGCCCAACUGCCUGCUGGACCUCGGACUCUUUUCCAGGACAGACACUUUAGAGGAAAGUGAAUUAAGCUCCCCGUCACACGCUGACACACACUCGCAAGACACACAGCAUUCCGGACACUCGCUCUCUGACUCUGACAUUGAAGUAGAUGUUGAAAUGCUGAAUUCAGAUGUUGAGCAGGAGGUCAAGGGUUAAAUCAUGUCACCUUUGUCAGAUGCUACAGGUUAUAUUACAGAGAGUUCAGCUGUUGUGACGGGUCACAAUUUCCUGUCUGGAUGAAUCCCACUUCGAUGGACCUGAAGAAGCGAGUGUGUGUGCGGCAUAAGGUGUUUAACAUGAUGUCAAUCAUGGAUGUGUACGAGUCAAGAUUUAAACCACAAAAGUUGGACGCUAGGUUAAGCUUCUUAGGUGAGACUUAAAAACUGUUCUUUUACAUCUUGGAAUAGUUGCGGUAUAUGAGUCAUAAACCACUCAGAAAUCCUUUCUGUUGCUGCGCAGUUUCAAAAUAUAUUUUCUUUAACAUUUGUGAUGGGAACCAUUUAGAGUCAGAAUAUUUGAACUUGCAUGAUGCAGGAUGUUUGUGAGGCUGACAGUUAGACUUCAGAGGAUUGACCGAUUUCCUCUGUGCCAACAUGAACUUAAAAGUUGUGUCCUCCCUUGAUUUUUAACACUGAUAUUUCCUGCUUACAGAUCAGUUCAAGAAUAUGAGAGAUUAUAAUGGAAAAAAGGUUUAUAAAGCGUUUAAUUCUGUUUUGGUCUCGCAUCUUAAAGCAGUUCACUCAUAAUAAAAAAAACUAUGUCAUCAAUUACUCAAACAAAGUGAAUUGAUUCAUGUAAAACGCAAAAAAGAGACUUUAAAUAAUGUGCUUGUCACUUUUUUACAUGAAUUUUCCAUGAAGGAACUAAAGCCUUUUGAAGCUCAAAAAUAUUCCAGUCCGUUCUCGUUGUAUUUGCAUAGAAAACAGCAAUGAACAUUAUUUAAAUCUCCUUUUGUUUUCCAUCAAAGAAAGAACAUUGGUAGGACUUUACACUAAGGUAAAUAUUACUUCUACAGCAUUUAUUAAUCUUAGUUCAUGUUAAUUUAAAGAAAUUUACUAUUUUUAAAUCAAAAGUGAGUUAAUUCGCAGUGAACUAACAUGAAAAAAAAAUGUAUAAAUUGUGAAAAAAUGUAUUGCUCAUUGUUAGUUCAUGCAUUUCCUAAUUUGAACAAAUGUGACCCUGGAUCACAAAACCAGUCUUAAGUAGCAUGGGAACAUUUUAAGAGAAACCCAGAAAUACAAUGCAUGGGUCAAUUUUUCAUUAAACCCAAAUCAUUAAGAUAUUAAGUAAAGAUCAUGUUCCAUGAAGAUAUUUUGUAAAUUUUCUACCAGAAAUAUAUAAAAACUAGUGGUGGGCAUAGAUUAAUUUUUUUAAUCUAGAUUAAUCUAGAUUAAUUCCAAAAUUAAUCUAGAUUAAUCUAGAUUAAAAUGGCUCAUUUGAAUUCUGCCGAAGGCAUUCAGAAUAUGUGUGCUACCCAAAUAAUGACUAAAAGUAAGUCUUUGAGAACGGGUUUCUCAAGCCAGGUGGCGCAUUAGACCAGGGGCUCAUCUCCUGUUUCCAAAAUGCAUCACAAACUGCUUGAGAAAGCUGUUCUACUAUGAUAAUUGGUGAUGAAAAUUAAAUUAUGUUCAAUAAGAUGAACUUGCGUUUACUUCCGCAUUAGCUAAGGGAUGAUUUCCGUUUAGGUGGUACUUGAGGCUGGAAGAGCUCCUACAGUACAUUUACAUUUAGUCAUUUAGCAGACGCUUUUAUCCAAAGCGAUUUACAAAGAGUAAGGGAGCAACAAGCGAUAUGUCAUACAGGAGCCAUAAUACAUUAGAUCUCAAUACAAAGUUACUGGUUUCAACUUAAGCUAGACCACUACCUGUUGAGAGAAAGUGUUUUUUUAACCAAUUCCGCAUUGCACAAGGUGCAAACAACGUUAGUCUUGUCGAUGUUCCUAUUGGGAAGCUUCUUAAAAAUUAAUAUUCCCUGAAGCAAACCCGGCUGCUUCAUAGCUGCAUCCAUGUUAGCACGUCACGUUUGAUGCGGUAAUUUCACAGUAACGUUAUGUUGUGUUCAGACCAAACGCGAAUGGCGUGUCAAGCGCGAGUGAUUUAUAUGUUAAUGCAAAGAGCCAAUAGACCUACUUGCUGCGCGAAUCGCGCGAAUGAAGCCCUGGUUAUGAGAUGAUGAGGCGGCUUCUGCUUCCGCGAAUGACGCGAAUCACGCGAGUUGAAAAAUCUCGUUCUCGCCCGGUACAGUGCAGUUAAGCUGGUAUACAUCCGCGCUAAAAUAUCAAGGUGAAAGUCAUCAUAGCUUGCGUAGUAUAGACCCAGCUCCCAACCCAACUUUGAGAAUAGAUUAACGGCGACAUUUUUUUUAACGCGCGAUAAUAGUCUCACUGCGUUAACGGCGUUAACGCCGUUAACGGCCCACCACUAAUAAAAACUUUAUUUUUAUGAGUGGGCAGCGUGGUACAGUGCCCCCACUCAUAAUAAGUUGUUGAUUAACAACUUCAAAGGCAAUUUUCACAAUAUUUGGAUUUUUUUGAACACUCAGAUUCCUGAAUUUUAAACCGUUGUAUCUCGGCCAGAUAUUGUCCGUUCCUGACAUCCCAAAUUUCAAUAGAAAUCCUAUUUAUUCAGCUUUCAGAUGCUGUAAAAAUCUCAAUUUCGAAAAAUUGACUCAUAAGACUGGUUUUGUUGUCCAUGGUCACAAAUAGAACCUUAUUGAAGUUUUACCAGAAAGUCAUUUGUACUGGAAUAGGCGUGAAUGAUGACAGAAUGGUCCAUUUUGGGUGAACUUAAAUGAGUCCAAUCAUAAAUAUUUAGGCUGAUUCAUGCAAUUAAAUAGAAUCCCUUUAUAUAAUUAUCAUUUAUUUGGGCUCCAGUGUACAUCAUCAGUUUCGGCUGACCUUUGAUCAGACUGAAUGGUGCUUAAUGCCUGUGUGCCUGACUUCAGCCCCUGUGUCUCUUCCUGCGAUAUUGGUUCUACAUUUUUGGCCUGUGUUCUUAUAUGCUACCACUAGAGGGCACUGUGACCAUUCACACUAUACGUGGGUCGCAUGCAGCCGCUUUUAUUGCCCUCACAUUUAUCCCUGCAAAAGACCAUUUUAAAAUAUCAAUAACAACAAUAGUGAACACUGAACAGCCAUCAACUUUGUUGAUGUAGGAGCCAGACUGAUUAUGCAUUAGGGUUGUGAAAAUGUUUUUCUUCCUCAUGUGUGUGAUUGGGGCACCAAAGUGUAGCGUGUGUAUACUUAUGCAGAUUUGCCUUAGUUGAGGGAAAUGUUAAUGUGAUCAGCAGUCGCAUGAUGAGUUUACCCUCUUUCUGUUGAAUUUACUUGAAACCCAAGCCGAUACUCCAAACGAAUUUAUUUAUAUCCCUAGGGUACUUCUAACUUUCACGCAGAGUUAUGUUGUUUACUUUUAUUAUCGUUGUUUUGCACUUUUUUCAAUUGUUGAAAGAUCUUGGACGAUGUUAAGAUAUAGAUGGGAAAUUUACGGAAAAUAAUAGCACUGAAACAGGGUCCAGAAUCAGAUAUGAUAAAUGUGCGUGUAUGAUAUGGUUACCUGUUGACAUCAUUUACCUGCAUGUGUGUUUGUGUGUGCGUCUACCAAUGUGCUCUGGUGUAAACCGCACCAGUCAAAAUCCUCUAUCGAGUUUAUAUUCUCUGUACAGAAUUCCUCUCUAUAUCUGUAUCCCUGAGUCUGGGUGAAGGUGGUGAUAAACAACAUCAGUCUCACAUGGAUGUAAAUAUAAUAACUUGCGGAUUACUAUUGGAUACAAAGUAUCACGGUAUGAAAAAUGUCUAUGUCCUUCAGUGACCCCAAAGUCAUGCCUAAGAAUUGAAGAAAUACUUCAAAUUUGCCUUCUUGACUCCUGAUAACAGUUGCAGAACAAUUCACAUUUGAAACCAUGCGUCAAUAGAUUCUCUAUUCAACUAUUUUUAAUUUUACCCUGUGAUUUGUUACUUACAAUAUAUACGUAUAUACGUUGUAGAUGUUUAUUUUCUUUAAGAACAUAGCUGGAUUAUGUUCUUAUUAAAGAGAUGUCAAAGUUAGUUUUGGUAGAGGUCUGUUACUAGCUUGAAGCCAUAUUUUACGAGGUUGAUUUCUUGUCUGUGGAUACAAAACGAUGGUUAUAUGUCUAAUUCUACCAAAUCUGAAUCGGCUACAAAAUACUGUGCAUAACUGAGACCCUCAUGAGUGUUUAUUAGUUAUCCUGAACUGGCUGGUUGUUUAACAAUUAAAAAUAUGAAUUAAAAUAGCUGUGACAAUUUCAA